UGCUCAGUCCCUAGCUUUUGCUGAGGCUGGCUUUGAACUCACGAUCCUCCGGCCUCAGCCUCCCAAGCUGCUGUGAUUACAGGCAUGCGCCUCCACACCCAGCCUUUUUGGAAUUAUUUAAACUAUUCAAGAUUACUUGCAUUUCCAUGUGAAUUUUAAAAUCAGCUUGUGAAUGUCUACCAGCAAAGCCUUCUGGGCUUUCGAUAGACAUUGCUUAGAACCUACAGAUCGAUGGGGGAGAAUGUACAUCUUAAUAUUGUUGAUGAGGUUUGGGACACACUACCUCAAAACAUGGCACUCGCAUUUGAGAAAACAGCAGAAGCAUGGAGGCAUUCUCACCUUCCCUCACCUUUCUGCCCAGGAACAGGCCACAAAGCCUAGGAAUGACUUUCUGACAUUCUCCUGAAGCUGGUCAUGAGAUUCAUUCUAAAGGUGCCCUCCCCAUACCAGGAGGAAAAGAACACCCUUUAUCUCUAAAGAUAUACGGUGGACACUGAAGACUGAACAAAUAAGCCUUCUUACAUUUCCUCAGGUUUUUCACCAUUGGAUCAUACGUUCUUAUCCAAUCAUACUUUUCCAUGACUACCUGAGAUAGGGAUUUAAGAUAAAGUGAGAGAGAUACUGAGUCUCAAAGAAAACACCCAAGAGCCAUCAAGAUGCAGAAAGCACAGUUUAAAUCCUCAACAGCAUGGCCUUGGCCUAUGCCCUGGUAAAACGAGGAAAAUAUGGGAGCUCAGGGAAAACUGGUGAAAAUCAUGUGGCUCCACCUGGCUCCGCCUCCAGUCCAGCCCCUGAUGAUUGCCCUUGUGUAAAUACUGGACCCCAACCCAAGGCAGCGUUUCUCAUCCUUGAGAGAGCCCGCAUUCUCCCUUGAAUGUGUAUCUGCUUCCUAAGUAAACCUCUGUCUAUGCCAUUGUCUGGGUCUUGCUGGAAUUCUUUACCCUCACCUAUGCCAAGAACCCCACUGGUCCUGAGUUGAAUUCCCUCUCUCCUCUGGGAACUCUUCAGACCCUUCUCUGGAGACAUCUCUUGGCCCAUACAGGAAUCUCCAGAGGCACCGACUUUGACCAGAGAGCAUCACCUGUGUCUGCCUCAUUCGCCAUGGCUCCCCUUCUUGGAUGGCUGGGAAAUCCCUGAGUUGUGUGGAUUCACCUGGCAAUAAGGUGACAGCUGACGUCAUCCUGGGGAUCUGGUUUUGCAGGACCAGGACCCCGCAUCGCCACAGAGAGAAUAAAAAAGGACUCCUAUUCAUGUGAGCCACUAGAAGAUCUACAGAUUCUGUCAAAAGAAAUAAGAAACCUGUUUAAGCUAAGUUAAUCUUGCUCCUUUUGCUCUUGCUCUGUCGUAAACUAGUCCUUCAUUCAGCCUCAUCCUCCUACGCAUGACCCUUGGGCUACCACAGAGCAGUGCAUAUGCCAAGGGUAAUUAUCAUGUGGCAGACUAUACUCCUCUUCUUCAUGUUCAUGUCUCCUUUCCUGGCUCAACACUGGCAAGAUAAUUUUCUCUAUAUGUUAACUCAGGAUGUUCUAAGAGGUAACAACCUCACUUCUGAAUGUUGGAUUUGCCAUCGCCAACUCACUCAGGGGGGGAAAUCCAAGCCGAUACUAGAAGGUAUUUGGGCCAAUGAGACUGAUAUAAUUCUUAAUCUACCUUACCGAGCUAAUGCCACCUAUCCAAACCCAACGAUUAAAAUUGCCAUCCCCACAAAAACCCCCACAUGGACUUUCCAACCCUCAGCCUUGACCUGGUGGACUAAUAUAGCUGGAUCUAAUUUUAGUCACUCUAGAAAUCCCAGGUGUGGAUUUUCAAAAUCAAGUUCCAUUCACAUAUUUAAGAAACCAUCUAGUGCCUUCUUUUCUUGUGAUAAAAUCAUAGAUUCCUGUUGUAACAAGACUGGGUGUUACUCGGUCAACUUGCCCCACCAUUCCUCAAAGCCAUCCUUAUACAAUGCUACAGGGUUUUCUAACUGUACCUGUGUCCCUCCCACUCUUGGCUGUGAGAGCACAUGGAGGAUUCAUGACCACUGGAAAGAAUGGGUUGACAGUCUACACCAGUCAAUGGGCAACAGAGGCCUCCUUGGCCUCCUUAAAAACACUAAUCUUUCACCCUUAAGUAAAUGGACUAGUGACCCUUCAUUGGUUCCUAAAGAUAAGAUAGAUGCUAGUCUUGAGCCUGGACUUCUCUGCUUACCUAGAGGCAUGUUCUUCAUGACGCAAACACAAAGUCAUUUAGGGACAUAUGAAGGAUAUGCUGUGCAGUGCAUAGAUUGGAAAGAGAUGACUGGGACGUGGGGAAUAGGAUAUGUUGUCUCUCCAGCAGAUAAGAUACAAGUUUUCACCAAUGACCCUCAAGGAACUGUUUCAACAUUACACAGGCACAGGACAAAAAGAGGUCCAGGCCUAGUAAUAGCUGGGGUAGUAACCUUAAUUGGAUCUCUUAUUGGAUUAGCAGGAGGAAUAACUUAUAAUGCAGUAACUGCCAAAAACAUUGCAGCAACCAUGGGGGACAUUGCCAUAGAAACUGGACAAGACUUUAAACUGCUAGCAAAAUCUUUGGAUUCACUAGCACAAAUGGUAAUAGAAAAUAGGCUGGCUCUAGAUUAUUUGCUGGCCCAGGAAGGUGGAGUUUGUGCCCUGGCAAACACCUCUUGUUGUUUCUAUGUCAAUGUGUCAGGACAAAUAGAAACUAGUGCUGAAAAAAUUUUACAAAAAGCUGUUUGGCUUAAAGCUGUUUAUCCGGGUAAUACUAAGGAUAUAUGGGAAACUAUUAACUCUUACUUACCUAACUUCACUUGGCUAUUACCACUAUUAGGACCUCUGGUAACUAUACUUCUGUUCCUAUUAUUUGGCCCUUGUCUUUUUAAUCUCCUAAUAAAGUUUGUGUCUUCCAGAUUACGGCAAUUACAUGUUAAGACCAUGACAAAACAAGGAUUCCGACCCAUUUCAACAACUGAGACUGAUCUCUCUCUGUUCACAGUAAAUCGGGCAGGAAAAUGCUAGACCCCUGGGUAGGUAGGGACAACGACCCCUAUCAGCUUGAAGCAGAUACAGAAGACGGAACUACCCCCUUCUGCACCCCUUAAUAAAAAGGGAUCUAAGUUUGGGGGUGGAGAAUGAGUUAGGGAUUUAAGAUAAAGGUCCUGAUUCUCAAAGAAAUCACCCAAGAGUCAUCAAGAUGCAGAAAGCACUGUUGUAAAUGUCCAACAGCAUGGCCUUAGCCUGUACCCUUGUUAAAUGAAGAAAAUACAGGAAUGCAGAGAAAACUGCUGAAAAUUCUGUGACUUCACCUACAUCCAACCCAGCCCCUAACUACUGCCCUUCUGGAAAUCCUGGACCCCAACCCAAGGCAGGGCUUCUCACUCUCAGGAUGCCCUACAUGCUCCCUUGAAUGUGUAUCUGCUUCCUAAAUAAAGUUCUG